GUACUUUCUAGAGUGAGGGUGGGGGAGUUUCCAUUGUGAUCCAGGAUUAGCCUAGUGCUGCGGUAGCCUAUAAAGCGUCAGUUUAGCCUCAGCACCUGUCAUACAAUUUUUUCGCAUCUCCGUCGAAUAACAGAUGGCACCAUAAUGGCUAUAGGUGCGUUUUCUUAAAAUACGUAACAAUUAAGUGGCAAUAAUAAAUAAGGGGCAAGAAAAAAACAAAGCAGAGAAGCAUAUUUUUCGAGAAUAGAAGUUAAACCAUUCGGACGUCGUCAGGAAUUUAAGAGACAGUCAUGACCCAAGGGAAGCUCUCCGUGACAAACAAGACAGCCAAUGGGGAGCAAGGGGGAGGUGCUGUGCCAGCUGCUCCGCCCAGCUACCAAGAGGCGAUAGCAGGAUCAAGCCCCACUUACAGUGGGAGUUACCUUGACGGGGAGAUGCUGACAGAAUUCAGCUGGGAUGACAAGAACAUCAGAAGGAUCUUCAUCCGCAAGGUUUAUGCCAUCCUGAUGAUCCAGCUGUUCGUCACGAUGGCCAUUGUGGCGAUCUUCACAUUCUGUGACCCAGUGAGGUUCUACAUCCAGGCUAACCCUGCCUGGUACUGGGCUUCCUACGCCGUGUUUUUCGUCACCUACCUGACGCUGUCUUGCUGCGCGGGACCAAGGAGGCAGUUUCCCUGGAACUUGAUUCUGCUGGCCGUCUUUACUCUGUCUCUCACCUAUAUGACAGGGAUGCUGGCCAGUUUCUACAACACCAAGUCCGUGGUGCUGUGUCUCGGGAUCACCGCCAUGGUCUGUCUGUCUGUCACUGUCUUCAGUUUCCAGACCAAGGUUGACUUCACUUCCUGCCAGGGCCUGCUCAUGACCUUAUGCAUGGUCAUGUUCAUCUGUGGGAUCGUCUUGGCCAUUGUCGUCCCUUUCGGAUACGUCCCCUGGUUACAUGGCAUCUACGCUGCUCUAGGAGCGACACUGUUCACUAUGUUCCUGGCGUUUGAUACCCAGCUUCUGCUGGGGAACAAGCGAUAUGCCCUGAGCCCCGAAGAGUACAUCUUCGCCACGCUCAGCAUCUACCUGGACAUCAUCUACAUCUUCUCCUUCUUCCUCCAGCUUUUCGGGUCGGGCCGGGAGUGAUCCCAUGGGCCCGGGGCGUCGCGCGACCGAAAGGCAUUCCACUGUGAUCGUCCGUACCCCCCACUCCCCCAGGUCCAGGUCUUCUCCAGGUCUCUCACCUUCUCGCCCAACUGAGUGACGCCUCACACCCCCCUUGCAUGAUUGGGUUGUAUGCUAACUGGCUUCACUGUAGAAACUGAUCCCGGUCCUAAUACACAUUUGUGAUGUCAGUCAUUUUGUCUUUUAGACCGUGUAAAACUCUAUCAAGUAGUUGAUUGCGCUCUAGUUAAUUCAAGACCUGAACCUUUUUUUCUAAUUGGUCCACUCUCCUGCUUAAUGCCACUGUCCCACCAAUCACAUGCAAAGCUGCCUGUUUUCAGCGUUUGUUUUUCACUACCCCUCGACCGGUAGGGUUUUGAGCCAAAAAUGAGCCGAAAUAUUAUGAGCUACGAACAUAAUUCAUGGUCAAAUCUGAAAGAGCAUGUCUUCUAAUUGGAAGAGAAUGAUGGCUAGAUCUCUAUGAUGCUAUUACAGCGCCAACAAGAACCAAAUGGUAGAAAAUUCCAUUGAGCACUUGCAGCCAUAUGAACACCAGCAUGCAGAUGUUCAUUCCUAAAGCUCUCUAUAAAAGGAGCUCUGACACUGUACUGAACUUCCAAUCCUCUGCUAUGCUUGUUCUGUGGUAGUUGUAUGUUGUAACACAACAAAAUCUAUUCAUUAACUUCUUCCCCUUUUUACCCGUUCAGUUCCCCAGUUCUAUUCCAAAAUUAGAAAUGGUACAUUUAUUUUCUAAUCUUCUCAAAUUUGUCACGGAGAAAUCAGGUUAGAAUUGAGACAAACCACUGACCGCCGGCUAAUCAACACUACAAAUCUGAUCCAGUGACUGAAUAAUUUUACAAAUUUGGCACCCAACACAGGGCUGAACAUGUCCAAGUCCCACCCUAAUUUGGAAUGUCCAAAUAUCUGCAACUGUAACUGUAUUCAUGCACAAACCCCACUGCCGAUUCGAGAUGGCGCAGACCAGGACGGCGGAAGUCGUAUCUGAAAAGUGCCCAACACUACAACACCUGAUUCAACUAAUAAGUAGAAUAAGCUGUCUUAGUGCUGGGUUAAAACAUAACCGAAGUCUUUUUUUUUACAAAAAAAAAAGAAUUGAAAUAAAUAUUAACUUACCCUAAAUCAAAAUAUCACAAGAUAUAUUUUUUGAUGACUGAUUUAAAACUUUUCUAAGGGAUAUCCCAAUGUCCCUGGGUCUGGAAUCUGGGCCAUGCCAGUGCCGAUCACGGCCGGCAGCCCCGUUGGUCGGUGCGAGGUUCAUGCUGAACGCUCUGCCAGACGGCUCUGGGUGACAUUGUUUCACUGCACGCUAGCGACCCCCACUGGUAAAU